AAGGAAUCUUAUUGGUUUAUCUCAACCCCACCGAGUACAAGCACAUUGAUGCUCUAUCUAUAAGCAUCGGUACGCAGCCACCUUCUCUCCAUCCAUAAACAUUGACUCAACAAGCCAGUCACCUUAUGGAUUGCAGGGUCUUACAACUUGUGAUUCAGUCAGCGCAUGGAUUGAGAAACGUCAAUCGUGUCACAACAAUGAAGCCUUACGCGCUUGUUUCCAUUCGCGACAACCACAAUAACCUCUAUUCCUCGGAGGAAAAAACACCGGAGGACACAGAAGGUGGUUCAAACCCCACAUGGAACUCCUCAGUUACGUUCAACCUCGACAUCACCAAGGCCAAAGAGAGCAACCUUGAACUUGUUGUUAAGCUCAUAUCACUCCGGACGGAUCACUGGUUUAGGGACAAAGAAAUCGGUGAAGUCCGUGUGUUGAUCACAAAAUUGCUGGAAGGUUUUGGUGGUGAAGCUAAAGCUGUUGCAGUAGUAGCUGAAAAACAGAUGAGUGCCAGUGUUAUGACCACAGAUGAAAAGCCCGAAGGAACACUAGUCUUUUCUUACAAGUUUGAGAGCGUGACUACUGUCCAGAAACCAGCACUGCAGAGGCAGAUCAAUUCUCCAACUGCGCCGCAAAGUGUGGAGCAGGACACCGAACAACCUGCUGGGUGGAUGGAUUCGUUGAUCUCCGAUACGGUGAAAGGGAUUGUGGGAACUGCGUUGAACAAUAUUGGAUUGACAAGUGUGGUUGCCUCUGAUGCUGCUGCAGCCCCACCUCCGCCUGCUAUUCAAACCCAUGUUGCUGCUGCUGUUGAUCAGCGUGGUGCUGAUGACCCGUCUAAGGAUAAUAAUGAAGGGACUGCGGGAACUGAGUUGAACACAACCGGAUUGACAAGUGUGGUUGCCUCUGAUGCUGCUGCCCCGCCUCCGCCUGUUAUUCAAACCCAAGUUGCUGCUGCUGUUGAUCAGUGUGGUGCUGAUGACCCGUCUGAAAAUAAUAAUGAAGGGAUUGCGGGAACUGCGUUGAGCACAACCGGAUUGACAAGUGUGGUUGCCUCUGAUGCUGCUACAGCCCCGCCUUCGCUUGCUAUUCAAACCCAAGUUGCUGCUGCUGUUGAUCAGUGUGGUGCUGAUGACCCGUCUGGGGAUAAUAAUGAAGGGAUUGCGGGAACUGCGUUGAACACUACCGGAUUAACAAGUGUGGUUGCCUCUGAUGCUGCGGCCCCGCCUCCGUCUGCUAUUCAAACCCAUGUUGCUGCUGCUGCUGAUCAGUGUGGUGCUGAUGACCCGUCUGCGGAUAAUAAUUAUGAAGAUGAAGAUGAUGGUUAUGACGAUGAAGAUUGUGAAGAUGAAGAAUGAACCUAGAUAUAUAUGGUCAUGGACGUAGUAUAUAAGGAUCUCAAGGCUGGUUGUAUUAUAUCUAGGUAUGCAUAUAAUAAUAAUGCAAGUCCAUCUCGAAUUAGCUAUAUGUACUGGUUUCUGCUGUUUCUGUGUGAAUCUUUGUCUAGUCUUUCUUAGAAUGUCAAGCUAAAACUGUGAAUCAUCUUAAUGUUCUACUUCUACCAUGUGUAUCAGUACUGUUUCUAUUAUGGGGAUGAUAAAUAGUAGUUGUGGUGCUUACUUGGUAGUAUCA